AUGAGUAGUAGUUAGAUAUCAAAUUAAACUUUCAAAGAGUGUAGUAAUAAGAUUACUUAGUAAUAAUAGUAAUCAUAGUUAUAAGCAUUUUAAGCUUUGCUAAAUGGAAGCUGUAACUCAAAUGGAGGAUCUAGCAAUUCAAAUUAAUCAUCAAUUGUCAUAUAGUAGAGUACACCUUAAAUCAAUAGCUAAUUAAAUGCCUAAUCUCCUCUACUUACAUCGUCCUUAUAGCACAAAAAAGUUUCUUAAAAAAUUUAACUGAAAGCCCCUUAACAAGUACAAGGUUAAUCUCAGUCAGUUAUCAUAAAUGCAUUAGUUUAUUCUCAAUCUUUAAAUUAAUAAAGCAACUAAUAGAUAUAAAAUAUUCAACAAAACGGAAAUACUGUGAUAUAACAAAAUGCGCUCAAUUCUUCAUUAAAUUAUAAUGGUUAGCAACAAGUCACUGCUAAUUGUUUGUAAGCUUAAUAAAAUAUCUCUUCAUCAAGUUCAUCUGUAAAUAGCUCUUAUUCACUUUAGUCUCAAUUAAGCAGUUAGAAUUCUCUUUAAAAUGGUUCAUUACUAUCAAAUCCUAUUUUGGGGUAAUAAUAACCUUAAUAAAAUCCAUAUUCUCUUUAAAACUGUAUAGUUAUAGCCAAUCAAAGUAGCAUAUAGCAACCAAAUUAAUAACAAAGCGGCACUUAGAAUUAGUAGAAUAGCUAUAUUUGCCCAACAAUAUAAAACAACGGCAGUGGAUAGGCUGGGCCCUUAACAUUUUAAACCAAUAAUAAUAACAAUAGCAUGGCUUUGAAGAAGUAGCAAUGCGAUGAGAAUGGAAUUUAUUUUUCAUAGAAAAAAAAGCUACUUUAAAUUAUUCAGAAACAACAAAAAGAAUAGCAAGAAUUUGAAAAAUAACAACAAUUAACUAUGAAUUUAUCAGUAGCUGUACCUUAGUCAAGCGAAGAAUUCAUGCAAGAAAUAGCUAAAAGCCAAUAAAAAUAGAAACCCAUCAAAGUAAUUACUUCACCGAAUUCAAAUAACUCGCGCAUUCGUAAUCUAUUAAAGAAAUACCAAAGAAAUAUCUCAAGGGAGGACAAUUUGACAAAUUUAAACUCAUCUUCUAUUAUGACUCCUUAAUUGCAGCUAAAUCAAGCUUAGAUCAAUAGUACUGGUGCCUCAUUUACUUAAAAUUUUACUUCACCUAUCAAAAGACCAUCUAACGGAAUGAAUAGAGACGAAAAAUUCUUACAAGGCAUUUAAUCUAAUAAAAUAUGCACAAUGAAUUUGCAAUAAAAUACUACCGAUGAUAAACAUGAUAGCUAACUUAAGUAAGAAGCCCCAGAAUAAAUUGAAGAAGUUUUACAAGAUAAUUUUGAUGACUACCGCAACAUAUUAGACGAAGAAGAUUUAGCAUUUUUAGAUGAAAUUGAAAAUGUGUGCUCUUCAAUUCCUAAAAAUUAAAAUAAUAACUCUAUUUAAAAUAAAGUACUCUACAAUAAAAACUUUAACAAAUAAAUUUCAACACAAUCCAAUUCGUAAUCAAAUUCUUCAAUAAAUACUCCUCCCAAUUCUGCUAAUUCAAAAUUAUGCAAUGAUAAUUUACAAAUAAAUAACUCUUCAAUAAACACAAAGGAAAACGAUUGCCCUAAAGCUAAAGAAAGUAAUUUUAAGCGUAUUGUAAAGACUAAUGUUUCAAUUUCUACAAACAAUUGUGCUUAAUAAUCAUAAAAUUAGCAUACUUCAUAAAGCCAAAAGCCAGUAAUUAGCUAAAUAUUAAACUGGUUUGAUUCUUCAUUUGAGAGAAAAAAUAAUAGUAGUAACAGUGAAUUUUUCUAAGCCCUUGAAACUGAAGACUCUCUUGCAACAACUCAAAUUACAGCCUUAUCUAGCUGCACUCCUCAAUCAAUAAGCUAGAAUAUCUUAAACCUCUUCAGUCCCUUAGCUGAUAGUAGUGAAGGCGGCAGUACUAUAAGCUUUAACAACACUAACAGUUCUAUUAAAUAAGCAAUCCAAUCUCUUUAGUAAUAAAGUUCAGAAAGCAGUUCUCUUGUUUUCGAAUAAAUUAAACAACAAAUAGAAUUGUAAAAGCAGUAAUUAUAACAAAAAUUUGUAAAUUGUUCUGCCUAAGGAUAGGAUACCUUAUCAGUCAAAUAACCAAUAUAGCAAUAACAUUCAAAUCAAUAAACUGAUAAAAAGGUAAAGUUGAUUGGCAAUUAAGUUGUGAAAAAUGCAAUUUAAUCCCUUAGCAUUGAAAACUUAAAUUGA